UUUAGCUAACCAAAAAUACCAACAAGGAAAUAGUUUAACUUAUUGUGAAUAUCCUACAUUAUUUACAUGGGAUGAAACAGAUAGGGUGUGGAACGAAAGACGCCAUGGUUUUAAAAUAGGACGCCUAUAUUUUGUGCACCCCAGUGCUGGAGAACAAUACUUUUUAAGAAUGCUACUGAUGAUUGUGAAAGGUGCAAAAAGCUACAAAGACAUUAGGACUUAUCAAGGAAUAUUCUAUAAUACGUUCAAAGAAACAUGUGCAGCUCGUGGUCUUUUAGGAGAUGAUACUGAGUGGCUUAAUGCUUUUAACGAAGCAAUUACGUGGGGUUCAUCACCUCAGCUUAGACAACUUUUUGUUACUAUGUUGUUAUUUUGUGAUGUCAAAGAUGAAUUUUCACUCUUUGAAAAAAUUUGGUUUUACUUAGGAGAUGAUAUUCAGCGUCGACUCAAAGAAACUUUGAGAAACCCAAAUUUUAGCCUCCCUUUGCCUGAACUAAAAGACAUGAUUCUUGAUGAGAUAUCUAUUUUACUUAAUAAGCAUGGAGCCAAUAUAAAAGACUAUAAUUUGCCUACCAAGAGCGAAAAAACUUCACAAUAUUUCGCGAAUAGACUUAUAGAUGAUGAGAUGUCUUACAACUUAUCUGAGUUAGAAAUGGAAUCAGCAUCCUUGUGUAGUCGCUUAAAUCCAGAACAAAUGGAAGCUUUUCAACAAAUAGUUAAUUGUGCCUAUAAUGAAAUUCCUGAAUUCUUCUUUGUUUCGGGUUUUGGUGGUACUGGAAAAAAAUUUCUUUGGAAUGCGAUUGUAUCAUUUUUAAGAGCAAAGGGAAGAAUUGUCCUCACUGUAGCGUCUUCCGGUGUCGCAAAUUUGCUCUUACCUGGUGGAAGAACUGCUCAUUCCCGGUUUAAAAUACCGCUUAAUAUUGAUGAUGAUACUGUUUGUGACAUAAAAAGAGGAACGAUGCUAGCUGAGCUAAUCCAUAAAACCUCAUUAAUUAUCUGGGAUGAAGCUCUAAUGACCCAUAGGAAAUGUUUUGAAACUCUAGAUAGAACUUUGCGUGAUAUUAUAGGUGGACAGGAUCCCAAAGCAGAGCAUCUUGUCUUUGGUGGCAAAGUGAUUGUACUUGGUGGUGAUUUAAGACAAAUUCUUUCUGUUAUAGAAGGUGGUACUAGAUCUCAAAUAGUGAAUGCUUGAAUUACUAAUUCUCCAUUGUGGUAUCAUGUCACUGUCUUAAAAUUAACAACUAAUAUGAGGCUGUCUUCACCCGAUCUUGAUAUCGUUGUGCAAUCUGAAAUUGCUGAGUUUAGAAAAUGGGUACUUGAUAUUGGGGAAGGAAAAAUACCUACUGAAAAACAUGAUAAUGAGUCUGAGCCAACAUGGAUAGAGAUACCUUCUAAUUUUUUGCUUCAUACAGAUGGUGACAAAAUUGCUUCUAUUAUUGCUUUUGUUUACCCAGAUUUUAGAGCGCAAUUUUCCAAUGCAUCAUAUUUGUGUAGACGUGCUAUAUUAACACCUACAAAUGAGGUUGCUGAUGAGGUAAACUCAUAUAUUUUGUCCCUUGUUCCAGGUCAAGAAAAACAAUACUUAAGUUCUGACACAAUUUCCAAAUCAACAGAUAUAGUUGGGGACCCAGACCUACUCUACCCUAUCGAGUUCCUUAAUUCACUUAAAUUUAACAACUUCUCAGAACAUGAACUUGUGUUAAAAAAGGGUGUUCCUAUCAUGUUAUUACGUAAUCUUAGCCAAACUGAAGGAUUGUGCAAUGGAACACGGCUUAUUGUUAAAAACCUCGCUGAGCUUGUCAUCGAGGCUAUUAUUAUAACUGGCAAAAAUGUUGGCCAAACUGUUUACAUACCCAGGAUAGUUUUGUCUUCACAAAAAAACAAGAUGCCAUUUAGUUUUCAACGACGUCAAUUUCCUGUUAAAAUAUGCUAUGCUAUGACUAUAAAUAAAAGCCAAGGGCAAACUCUUGACAAUGUUGAUGUUUACUUAAAGACUCCUGUUUUCACCCAUGGCCAACUUUAUGUUGCUGUGUCACGAGUUACAUCCAAGAGAGGUCUUACUGUCUUGAUUGAAAAUGAAGAUGGUACAUGUGGUUCAAAAACCAAAAACAUAGUGUACACUGAAAUUUUUGCAUCCUUAUCAUAGAUUCUCUACGUAGUUUACAUAUAAAUAUGUAUACCUUUGCUUGUAAACAUGUAAUGCUUUAUCUGUGAUUAUUCAUGAUGUUCUAUUUAUCACUAAUUACCCUUUGUUAAAUAACUGUCUGUCCUUGCAUUGCACAACCAGUGGUUUAAUCAUGUUGGAUAUGCACUAUGUUUCUUACAUUAUUUGUAUACACCUGCUUUCAUUAUUUUGUCUGCAACAGGCCAUGUCGACGUUCAUGCUUAAAGAUAUAAACCCACAAGGCAGACAUUGAAGCAUUUGCACAAGGGUAUCAAGGAUGUGGGACUAUCGUGGAGGAACAUAUGAUGAUCAAAUACGUCAUGUCGAUCUCGUGCUUGUUGAUGCUGAGGACACUGCAAUGUAUGCUGAAAUCGCAGCUGACAAUAUUGAGACUAAAAAGUCAUUACUUGCAGAAGGAAAAAUAUAUACAUUCAGGAGGUUUAGAGUUUUAAAAUCUAAGACCACUUAUAGACCUGUCGAAUCAGAGUUUAUGAUUGACAUCACCUGCCAUACCUUAAUCGAGGAAAACCAUGAUGCUCCAGCCGAUUUCCCACUCUAUACCUACAGCCUGACAAACUUUGCUGAUCUACCUAUGCUUGUUGGUGAAACCAAGCGUUUCAUCGAUGUAAUUGGAAUGAUCACAGAAAUUUCUGAGCUAGCCACCAUUCAGCUUCAAAAUUAGCAAAGGCCUACACUCCGAAGAACUAUUACAUUGAAAGAUUCAAGCAACUAUGAAAUGAAAUUAAAUUUAUGAGGUCAAAGAGCUUCUGAGUUUGAUUCCGAUCAGAUAUGCCAGCUCAGCCAAGACCAUCCAGUGAUUGUCAUCUUUGUUGGUAUGCUUAUGAAAUCUUACAAAGGUGAACAUUCGUUAAGUGGUAACACAGCGUGCCGCUGGUAUAUCAAUCCUGAAGUCCCUGAGGUCGAUGAUUUUUUCCAUGGCGUGAAGGAUUUCGGUGUGUCGUCACUAUCUCAAGGAUAGAUCCAUUCAUAUCAUGGUGGUUUCCUUCUUGCAACCGAUGCAGCAAAACAUCACUGCCACAUGGAAAUGACUACAAGUGCCCACACUGCGCCUGUACUGGUUGUACAUUCAAAUACAAAAUAUGAUUGAUUGGAACUGACGGAACAGAUGAAGUAGAAUUCUUAUUCUUCGGAGCUAUGGGACAGCGCCUUGUCCACAAAGACGUAAAAAUGCUACUGAGGUCAUGUCACAAAGCUGAUGAAAUUCCAACCCAGAUAACAUCUUUAGUAUCACAAAAAUAUCUGCUGACAAUCAAUGUGACUAACCAAUGCUUUGAGAGAGCCCACCGAUCAUAUCAGGUGAAUGCCAUCAAUUGUGCAUACGACAGGCAACCUACAAUUCCAACAGUUACAAAUCCCACUCCUAGACUUACUGGGAUGAAGUGCAAAGGUGAUUCUUAUGAGGCUACAGCAGCUACUAAUCCAUCAUUAGAAGAGCCCCACCAAAUCAACAUCCCUGCUCUUCCUUGGGUAUACAUUCUUAUAUUCCAUAUGUUGUACUUACCAGCAAGCUUUUUCCCAAUCUAAUCACUACUGAAUUUUCUUAUAUUCUAGAACAUAAAAGAUACCCCGCCACCAAAGCUCUCACCAACACUUACGUUGUCUAAAACAAAGACCUCUUUGUCGUAAGACAAAUAUGUUUCCUACUUUUUGUUUAUCGCAGCUCCCACUCUACAUUCCUAUUGACACAGUUCAUCACAUAUUAUACUUACGCACUUAGAUCUUCAACCUUAUGAGAUGCAGUGCUGAAGCAAACUUUGACGCAAAAUAGUAAAAUGUGCGUAAACGCUUGUUCAAGAACAAAGAUC